AUGAGCGAUUGGCCCUGCGAUUCCUGCGAUCGCGAGUUUGGCUCAUGGGACGGUUGCGUACAACAUAUGGAUGCCCUGAGUCACUGGAAAUGUGAUACUUGCGGCAAGAUGUUUGGAAGCGAGCACGCAGUCGAGGAGCACGAGAGAGCCUUGAAUCACCGGGACCCCAAAAGAUACGUCGAGAAACCCAGCUCGGAAAUCAACAGCUCCGAAUACAAGUGUGACAGAUGCAAGAAACCCUUCUCUGCAUGGGACGCUUGCAGGCAACACAUGAACGCACUGGGCCACAGUCGUUUCCCUCACGAUUGUGAUACAUGCGAGAAGCGCUUCAGAACCGACGAAGGAGCAACUCAGCACAUGAACAGUCUUGGCCACUGGGAGCGUCUCUACUGUCGCCCCUGCAAGCGCUAUUUCAAGCAUGACGGCGACCUAGGUCAACAUAUGGACUCACCCAUCCAUACGCGCGCCGACCCCAUUCAACGACCUGCUGCUCCCUUCAGUCCACCAAUCGCCAGACCUGUACCCACUCCGUCUGUUGCCAGUCGAGUUCUCCGUCCGUCUGUUGCCAGUCCAGUUCCUGCUCCGCGACCUCUCCCUGUUGUGGCUUCUACUCCCGUCCCUCGACCCCCACCUGUCGUCAGCCGCACGCCGACUACAUCCAUCGCCAAGCCCCCCCUCGCAGUCAACACCCAAUCAGAGCAGACCAAGGGCGACAAUCCACUCUCAAUGUCCAGAAUUAUGUCUCAGCAGACAGAGCCUACACGAGAAAUACAAAAAGAGACGCCUCAGCGCACUACUUGUCCAUUUUGCAGAGCUGGCUUUGGGGCAGUGUUUGAAGUGGCUCAGCACCUCGAAACUUCGUUCUGUCACGUGCGGCCAAACCUGAACCUUAGCAACAUCUACCAAGGUCUGCGUAAACAAGACCCGGAUGGCAUGGUCACAGUGCAAGCCACUGGACCAGACGCUCCUCUGUACCGUUGCCCUUACACAACCGGAAGCUGUGGAGGGAAACUUGUCCCAUCUCUCACUGCACUGCUGGCCCAUCUAGAGGGUGGAAGUUGCGGAUUCAUUAGCGUCGCCGACCUGAAGAAAGACAUCGGCGAUUGGUCAGACAUAAUUUCUUGAUGGAGGAGAUGAUAUGGUGGACGGAUUGUGAGGUGGAGGAAUGUGAACGGGUGUGAAGGUCUAUGAAUCAAGUCAUGACACAAUACAAUACAGCACAGCCAGGAUGAGAUACAAGCUCCCCAUACAAGACACCAGAACUGUACCUACUAUAUCAGUGCGAAGAAUCCGUG